GAGGUGGGGCAGGCGCUGCUGCGGCGGAGUCAUAGGGUCGGGCUUAGAACUCCAGGUGCCACGCUCGUGGCUUCCGGGUUCCGUCCACGCUCUGGGCGUGGGGUGGCGGCGGCUGGGCGCCUAGGAGCUCCCGGAAGACUGAGAGUACAAGUCAAGGCGGACCGCCGGCAGGUGAUUUCUUAGGAGGUACAGAAAUCUUCUUUGAAGGGCUUUGUACGGUAUUGAAGGAUGGCAGAAGCAGUGUUGAUUGAUUUCUUUGGUUUGAAAUUUAACUCUCAGAAAAAUAGUCAUCAGGCAUUACUGAAGACAUUGAAUGCUGUCAGAUACCACCAUGCUGCCAAGGCCAAGUUUCUUUGCAUAAUGUGUUGCAAUAACAUCAGCUGUGGAAGGGAUGGUGCACAUAAUAACUGUGAAUUAGAAGCAAGCAAUGGAUUAUCAACUCUCUUGAGAGAAUUUGAGACUGUUAGCAAUCCUAGUAUGGCUGCCUCUUUGUAUACUAUUAAGCAAAAAAUUGAUGAAAAAAAUUUGAGCAGCAUUAAGGUAAUUGUACCCAUGCACCGGAAGACAUUACUGAAGGCUUUUAUUGAUCAACUCUUCACCAAUGUUUACAGUUUUGAGUUUGAAGACUUACAGGUGACUUUGAGGGGCAGUCCUCUGAAACAAUCCACUGAAAUAAGCAUGAUCACAGCUCAAGAAGUAGAAGCAAUCCAGAAUGAAAUACAAACAUAUUUGAGAAGUCUGCCAGCGCUGAAAGGAGAGUUAACCAUUAUCACAUCUCCUUUGAUCUCGGAUAUUUUCUUACAUGGAUUUACUACAAGAACAGGUGGAAUAUCUUACAUCCCAACUCUUAGCUCAUUCAAUCUCUUCAGUAGUUCCAAAAGGAGAGAUCCCAAGGUUGUUGUUAAAGAAAAUCUGCGUAGGUUGGGGAAUGCUGCAGGAUUUAAUGUGGAGAAAUUUUACCAAAUAAAGACUGAUCAUGCCAGUGACGUCUGGAUUAUGGGAAGGAAGGAACCUGAAUCUUAUGAUGGAAUCACCACAAAUCAGAGGGGAGUCACAAUAGCAGCUCUUGCUGCUGACUGUAUACCAAUUGUUUUUGCUGAUCCUGUCAGGAAAGCAUGUGGUGUUGCUCACUCUGGUUGGAGGGGUACUUUGUUAGGUAUUGCUAUGGCUACAGUGAAUGCUAUGAUCACAGAAUAUGGCUGUAGUUUGGAAGACAUUAUUGUUGUACUGGGACCUUCAGUAGGACCUUGCUGUUUUACUCUGCCCGGGGAAUCAGCAAAGGGAUUUCAUAAUCUUGAUCCUGAAUGUGUACGGUUAUUUGAUUCACCAAAUCCCUAUGUUGACAUUCGUAAAGCCACCAGGAUUCUUCUAGAACGGGGAGGAAUUCUACCACAGAAUAUCCAGGACCUGAACCAAGAUCUUAACCUCUGUACAUCGUGCCAUCCUGACAAGUUUUUCUCCCAUGUCCGAGAUGGCCUUAAUUUUGGUACACAGAUUGGCUUCAUAUCAAUUAGAGAAUGAGAUACUUGACUGGAUUUUUAUACAACUAUUUCUUGCCUCCUUCUAAACUGACUACAAGAGAGAAAUUUAGCUGUUUGAUUUACUUAAAACCGAAAGGAUUACAAUGGAUAAUUCAUCUUUAGGUAUAUUUUCACUAUUAUCCAAAGCCAAAUGACUUUCACUUGAUUCUAGUAA